AUGACCGAACUCGAACUUUUCGCCGUCGUGUGGGCCAUCCGAAAAUGUCAACUGUACCUCCGUGGCCUAGCCAAUUUCUUAGUUGAAGUGGACCACAAACCCCUUAUACCAAUCUUGAAUGACUACACCAUGGACAAUGGGUCCACUCCUCGCAUCCAACUCUUGCUUGAAAAAUUGGCCUCGUUCUCCUUUACCGCAUCAUGGAUCCCUGGAAAGACCAACCUUAUUGCUGACGCACUCUCACGUGCACCCGUGAGCAAUCGAUCCACCCCCGACACUUUAGAGGAAGCUACCAGAUGUAGUGUUACUCGCCAAAUGCGAACCCUUAGCAACGACGAAAGACCUCAACCAACCGACCACGAUCCUGCCCUGGAAUUCCUCAACGAGUGUGCUACCUCCGAUUAUGAAUACAAUUUGUUGCGACAAGCCAUAACAUCGAACGACCCAACAUCGCAAACUGCACUGCCUUUCAAGAGCAUCUUUGCCUCCUUGUCUGUCAUUGACAAUCUCGUACUGUACGGGACCAGGAUUGUGGUGCCAAAGAAAGCUAGACAUCGUAUGCUUACACUCCUCCACAUUCCACACCAAGGCAUGGAUCGAUCUAAGCAACGUGCUCGUCAGAUAUUUUAUUGGCCAGGAAUGUCAUCAGACAUCGAGAACCAUGUCGCAUCCUGUGAAAAGUGCUUAAAGUAUUUACCGAGCCAAAAACAGGAGCCUUUAAUCCUCACCGAGGAUUCCCGUUAUGCAUUUGAGGAGACAUCAGCUGAUCUUUUUUCGUAUGGCAACUCUACUUACAUGGUGUACGUGGAUCGGUUCAGCGGAUGGCCGGUUCUGGAGCAUUUUGGAACCUGCCCAUCCACGUCUAGAGUUAUCACCAGUUUGAAGAAGAUAUUUUGUGACUACGGGGUACCACGAGUUUUCGCUUCUGAUGGAGGCAAGCAAUUCGAUUCAGCCGAAUUUCGAGCAUUUUGCACGGAGUGGCAUAUUCAACAGCGUGUUUCUUCCCCAGGAUAUGCCCAGUCCAAUGGUCAUGCCGAAGCGGCGGUUAAGGCCAUGAAGGCCUUAGUGAAAAAAUAUACCAACAGCGGACACCGUGACAUUGAGGGACUCUGGGAGGCCGUUUUGGAAUGGCGAAAUGUACCCCGACAGAAGGACGGUCUCUCUCCCGCUCAAAUUCGGUUCGGGCAUUCCAUGCGCACUCGGUUACCAGCCCAUCCUUCUUCUCUCCAGAAACAAAACUUGCCCCAAAAAUCCCCAACCAAGGGGAAUAAUCGGGUCAAACAGAAUUACGAUAAAGCCUCCAGAUCUCUGCGCCCACUUCAAGUGGGUACCACAGUGAUCAUCCAAGACCAAUCAGGAAGAAAAGAGUGGAACAGGGUGGGAAUUGUGACGGCCUCACGAUCACAUCGAGACUACGACAUCGAACUUCCAUCUGGCCGCACUCUCCGACGAAACCGCCGUCAUUUGUAUCCAACUACAAUCCCCCCAAACCCUCCAGCCUCUUCGCCAGCCGUCUUGUAUGAUCCUUCCCAAAAACCUCGACGGUCAUCCAGAAAAACGAUAGGACAAGUACCACAUCGAUUUCAGUUCUGA